UUACUUUUCUUGUAUUUUUCAAUGAAAGAAGCCUUAAACAAACAUUAUGUUAUCUUCACAAUAUGGGUAUUAACAAACACCUCCUUUCCUGUCCUAGCAAAAUCCUGUAAUGCCAUAGAUAAACAUGCAUUGCUCGAUUUUAAGCGCCAAAUUUCAUACGACCCUUCAAACCUACUCCUAAAUACGUGGGUCCCAAACACCGAUUGUUGUACAUCGUGGGAUCAUGUCGAAUGCGAUGUUUCCACUAAACGAGUCGUACAGGUCUCUAUUUCUGGCCCUUCCAUGGAUCAAUAUUCAUACGAUCCUACGAUUUAUAUGGAAGGUACACUCUCCCCUUUUCUAGGAAACCUUUCAUCUCUUAAAAUCCUUGAGAUUAGUAACCUUGGAGGGAUUAGUGGCCCUAUUCCACCUCAAUUAGGCCAAUUGUCAAAUUUAACCUAUCUAUCACUAUCCCACAAUACCUUAAAUGGUUCUAUACCCAAUUCACUUGGUAACCUCCAUAAGCUUGAAUAUCUCUUUUUAGGUUAUAAUACCCUCUAUGGAAAUAUACCCUACACUAUUUUUAGAUCCUUAAAAUUACUCAAAGUACUAAACUUAGAAAUGAAUAGCUUAAUGGGCUCUAUCCCAUCUUCCAUUCUAAACUUGGUAUCACUAGAAGAACUCAAUCUUAACCAAAAUUCUCUUUCGGGUAACAUCCCAUCUAUGAUCGGUAAAUCAAAACGCCUUGAACGUAUCGAUUUAUCGAGAAAUCUUAUCGUAGGGAACAUUCCCGAGUCCAUUGGGGAGUUGCCCCAUUUACAAGCAUUAGUUCUAAGUUAUAACAACCUAACCGGAACCAUACCCAAGUCUAUUGGUAAACUCUCCCAAUUACAAGAUUUAUACUUAGAGUACAACCAAUUAACUGGAAAAAUACCAGAUUCUAUAAGUGAACUCUUUCAACUAAAGAAUUUAUACCUCUCAUAUAACGAUUUCAAUGGAAACAUACCAAAAUCCAUAGGUGAACUUUCCCAAUUGGAAAAUUUAUACUUAGACCAUAAUAGACUUAUUGGGUCUAUUCCUUCCACAAUUAGGUACCUUGUUUCAUUAAGAUAUAUGCAUUUAGGUAACAAUAAAUUGACGGGAAUUUUACCCUUUUCGAUAGGCGAUCUCAUUCGAAUCCAAUCAAUUGUCUUAGAAAACAAUAAGAUUACAGGAAAAUUGCCACCGUCUAUAGAAAAACUUGGUGCAUUGUACGAUUUGUUUCUGUCAAAUAACAAAUUUGUAGGGCAUAUUCCGUCAAGUUUUGGUAAUCUUUACAGUCUUUCAACUUUGGAUUUGUCUAGGAAUCAACUUUCAGGAAAAGUCCCUCCUUCUAUAGGGAACAUGACAAAUUUAAGGGUACUUAAUAUAUCUUAUAAUAGAUUUAACUCGAAAAUCCCACUAGAGAUUCAAAAACUUUCUCAACUUUCCGACCUUGAUCUUCACUCAAACAACUUUUCGGGUUCCUUAGGAAUACUUUUUGAUCGAUUAUACGGUUUUAACUACUAUACGACCCUCGACGUGUCUAAUAAUAAGUUCGCGGGUCCUAUUGACAAAAAUAUAGGCUAUAAGCCCAGUAUGCAAUACAUUUAUUCAUUGAUCUUGUCUAACAACCCAUUAGGAGGAUCCAUUCCCCAGUCGAUUGGGAACCUGACCCAACUUGGGGUCUUAGAAAUGGAGGGUUGUAAGCUUUCAGGAAGAAUUCCCCAGGAACUUGCAAAAGCAGAGCAAAUCAGUACACUUUUGCUAUCCAGGAAUAGGCUGAGUGGAAGCAUUCCAAGAAAGUUGUUGAGUUCUAUAUAUCUUCAAAAUUUUAAUGUGUCAUACAAUGAGUUAAGUGGGGAAAUUCCACCCCAUGAGAAUCCUAUUCCUGCUUCUGCAUUUUCACAUAAUCUUGGCUUGUGUGGUGCUCCACUUCGUCCUUGUAAGCGUUUGUAAUGUGUAAUUGUGUAUAGCUAUUCUUGUGAGAGACCGUCUCUCGGAAGUUGACCUCAAAUAAGGAGUCCAUAUGCUAAUAAUUGUAUUAAUUGAGCUAUUCAAUUCAUGUACGGAGAACGUCUCAAGGUGAUACCGUAUCACACAGUAAGGAGAAUAGACUUCUAGAAAAUGAUGUAUUGUUUUUUAUCGUUAUAAGCUUGUGUUUUAUCAACUAGGUUUUUUAUGUAUAUCCUCUUUAUCGGUUUUCUAAUCUAUGUAAUAUGUGAAAAGAAGUUUUUAGAUUAUAGAAUUGUAAGAUCAUAAAAUAA